AACCAAGGUUGCCCCAUCGCUACGAUUCGUCACAACUCUAUUACAAACAAAGUGCGUCAGUGCAACAAAGAAAGAAUUUCAAUAAAAAACUUAUCCAAACAAAGUAUAGUAAUACCUUAAAUAUGGGCGCUGCAUUGGGCCUUUGUUCAGCGGCGCAGUGCGCGCUCUGCUGCACGGGCACUGCGGCCAGCAUGUGCUGCUCCGCCUGUCCCACUUGCAAGAACUCCUCCUCGUCCCGUUUCAUGUACGCCUUCAUGUUGCUGGUGGGCACAGUGCUGGGAGCGAUUGCACUCUCGCCGGGAUUACAGGGUACUCUGAAGAAGUUACCCUUUUGUGUGAACUCCACAUCGACGUAUAGCUCCAAGGCCAUAGACACCUUCUCCGGGGGAUCUAUGCAGGUGGAUUGUGAGUACGCCUUGGGUUAUAUGGCCGUUUAUCGCCUCUGUUUUGGACUCGCCUGUUUCUUUGCCCUCAUGGCCGUGAUUAUGCUGGGAGUGAAGAGCUCUCGAGAUCCUCGUUCGCAUAUUCAAAAUGAAUUUUGGCCCUUGAAAUUCCUGAUUUGCUUUGGCGCCUCCAUUGCGGCUAUUUUCAUACCGGAUGGUUCCUUUGGUCCGGCCAUGAUGUGGGUUGGACUCGUUGGCGGCUUGGCUUUCAUCCUUGUCCAACUCAUCAUCAUUGUGGACUUUGCACACAGCGUGUCUGAGAAUUGGAUUGAAAAUGCGGAGAAUAAUCGUGGUUAUUAUUAUGCUCUGGCUGGCGUCACUUUACUUGGAUACAUUGCUUCCCUAACCGGCAUUACUUUGCUCUACAUCUACUUUACUACAUCCACUGGUUGCGGCAUCAACAAGUUCUUCAUCUCCAUCAAUCUGAUCUUCUGCUUGAUCGUCAGCGUGUUGUCCGUGUUGCCAAUGGUGCAGGAGCGUCUUCCCCACUCGGGAUUGCUACAAAGCUCGCUGGUCACACUCUACACUGUCUACUUGACCUGGUCCGCAGUGGCCAACAAUCCGGAGAAGGCCUGCAAUCCGGGCAUGUUUGGCGGGGACGGUUAUGGCAAUGUCACCAGCACAAUUGCACCACCGACCCACAACUCCAAGGUCACCUUUGAUGCUACCAACAUAAUUGGCCUCGUUGUUUGGCUGCUCUGCAUUCUGUACAAUUGCUUUAGCUCCGCCGUGGAAGUGUCCAAGAUUAAUAAUGACAACAGCGAGAAACGUGUUUUAACAGAAGCUCUAUCAGACACAGAGACGGGACACGUCGAGGGAAAACCCACCACGGACAAUGAAACCGAAGGCGUCACCUACAGUUGGACCGCAUUCCACACUGUGCUCAUUUGCGCUUCUUUGUAUGUAAUGAUGACGUUGACCAACUGGUAUAAGCCCAAUUCGGAUAUAGAAUUGAUCAAUACCAACGAGGCUUCCAUGUGGGUCAAAAUCGUAUCCAGCUGGUUGGGCAUCUUCAUCUAUGGCUGGAGCCUCGUCGCACCCAUUGUGCUAUCCAAUCGCGACUUUAGUUAAACAGCGAGCGAGUAACAUAUAAAAAAAUUUCAACCAAAUAUCAAUAUAUAUAAAAACUAAUACAUAAUUAAUGGAAAAUGUCGAAAGAUCUAAAUGCCAAAUUGGAUUUUGCGAGCGGUGCUUAAGCGAAUGUUUUUGCCAUGGUUUAAAUAUUCUCAACAAAACAACAGUUUAAGUUUAUUAACUAUAUAUUAUAUAUACUAUAUACAAAUACGUAUUAUCAUACAUAAUCGAACGAUCAAAACUAUCGUAAUGUCUCCUUCCUUGAAUUAAAUAAAAUGUAGUCAGAGUUGACGCUUUCGCGUUGACUCCACAA